ACGUUUCUUUCCAAACGCCGUAAAAAGGAGGAAAGGAAGAAGAAGUUGUUGAAGAAGAAGAAGAAGAAGAAGAAGAAGAAGAGUGUUGUACAAGCUUUCCUAGUCGGUCCUUGGGAGUGAGUCUGUCUGUACCUCUGCGGUAACAAUUAAAGUCAGCCAAUGAAAACUGUAGCAGUCCUUGGAGGAGGUAUCGGGGGUUUGGCUGCCUCUUUCUACCUCUGCAAGAACCCCCAGGUUGCCAAGGUAAUCGUUCUGGAGUCCAGCAGUCGUUUUGGUGGUUGGCUGUGGUCACUGAGGCGGUCCGAUGGGGCCGUGUUUGAACUGGGACCAAGGGGGAUCCGACCUGCUGGGGCAGUGGGAACCAACACACUCAAUAUGGUGGAAGAUCUGGGUCUGGAGGAAGCUAUUCUUCCAGUUUCCUACAAUCAUGUUGCCUCAAAGAACCGCUAUCUGUAUGUCAAUGGACAGCUCCACAAGUUGCCUUCUGGAAUAAGUGGAAUUUUGAAAACAGUCGCUCCAUUCUCCCGCCCCCUUCUGUUCAGUCUCCUCACUGAGAUCUUUGUAAAGAAAGGAAGAGAAGAGGAUGAGUCCAUUCAUUCAUUUGUCUCCAGGAGGCUUGGAAAGGAGUUGGCAGACCUAGCUGUGGACAGUGUGUGUCGGGGUGUGUUUGCAGGGGACUGUAAGAAGCUGAGUGUGCGCUCCUGCUUCCCUUGGCUCUACAUGGCUGAGCAGCAGAGAGGCUCCCUGACUCUGGGCUUCCUGCUGGGCUCAGGUUCAGCACCUGAGAUUGUUCCUGGACCUCUGGCUCAGAGAGCCAAGAGAGAGGCCUGGGCUCAGUGGUCUCUAAAGAGGGGAGUGGAAACCUUGCCAGAGUCCAUCACUGAGUUCCUCCAACAGAGCGGCAAGGUGGAGCUGCACAGGGAUGCAGCUGUUGGACAAAUAAUUCCCACAACAUCUGGAUGGAAGGUCCAUUUGGAAGAUGGUGUAAUAUCAGCUGAUCACCUCAUGGCUGCUCUACCAGCUAAAGCCCUGUCCUGCAUCCUGCCUCCCUCCUGCCAGGGUCUUGUGCAGCAGCUGCAGGACAUCUCAACAGUAACUGUGGCUGUGGCCAGUCUGGAAUAUGAGGGCUCCAUCCUCCCAGUAACGGGUUUUGGCCACCUUGUUCCUUCAUGGGAAGACCCAGGUUUACUUGGGAUAGUCUAUGAUUCUGUUCCCUUUCCUCAGCACAACAGACAGACUGGACAGACAACAAGACUGACGGUCAUGAUGGGAGGUGCCUGGUUCCAGAAUGUGUUUGGGGCCCCCCAGGCCGUCUCAGCAGACAGCCUCUUAGCGAGGGCCACCGAGGCAGUGCGCUGCCACUUGGGACACUGUGUGGCCCCCAGCUGGAGUCAUGUGGCUCUUCACAGGGAUUGUAUACCUCAGUAUCACCUCGGACACUUUCAGAGAGUAGAUACCAUGCGAGCCUUUAUAAAGAACAAUAACCUACUGCUAUCUCUGAUUGGCUCAGCAUAUGAUGGCGUGUCUGUGAAUGAUGUCAUCUUCAGUGGACGAAGAGCUGUAGCAGAGUUGUUGGGAGGUGGAGUUUGAUGCAGCAGAUCAGAUUCUCAUCUUUAAAUGCAUUAAUGGACUUUAUUUUAUUUUUAAGAACCCUUAUAAUAUUCACCCCCUUUUAAGGGAAUUGUAGUUUUAUGUCUUUAAAGUGUAACUAAGCCCCCUCUGAAAGCAUAAAAUUUGGACCAAUUAUGAAAUAUUCAGGAAAGUGGUGAGAGCCAAGACGCAUUCAGGGUUGUUGGCUAAUGUGGGGAUGAUUGGAGGGGAAAGUGUGGCUGUGGUGAGGAAGAGAGAAACACCGUUGUUAUAAACUUUGACAUUUUUCUACUUGUAAUUAAGAAACAAACUAGCGACAAAUUGAACAACUUUUUUCUGACUGGUUGCCAGUGAAAUUCAUCAAGCUGCUUUACUCAAUAAAAAAAAGACCUAAGGAACCGUCCAGCAGCCCUGCUGUGGACGACUCUGCUGAAAAAAAAACGUAAAGGAAGAAAAUAAAUAUGAUGUGAUUACUAUAAAAUACUACAUAUUCUUAUCAGAGGGGAUUGUAAUGAAUGUAUUAUUUUCUAAUGAAAUCAUAAUAUAUUUGAAAAUAAAAAAUGUUACCACA